CAUGGGUGCGGGCGGGUGAUAGCUGGAAGGGUCUCCGUCUCGUGUUCUUUCUUUCCUCGUUCUCCGCUUUAUUUGGUUUAAUUUUUUUGUCUGGUGGAGAAGGAUAAGAGAAAAGGAUUAAACAAAUCAAAUACGGAAAUAAAUAACGGUGUUAUUUUAGAAACUUUCGGAUUUAUGAUUGGUUAUGCCGCACGGUUCGUUUGCAAUGAUUUUUUGGAGAUUGACGCUGCUGAUCACUCUGCAGUCGACAUGGCACGCCCGCGGCGAGGAGGGCCUGUUCUUCCAGCCGGAGAAUCAGCUGACGACGGACUCCCACGCCUCGGUCUGGCUCGGUCCCAGCAGCGAGACCUUGUCGGACGUGACGGUCUGCUCGUGGCUCAAGGUGCAGUACUUCCGGGAGAGCGCCUCGUAUUUCUGCUCGUACGCGGUCAGCGACCAGAGGAACAACGAACUCAAUUUCGGGAUUAAGAGCACCAGGAUCUUCAUAGCCAUCGGGGGCAAGUACCUCUACGCGGACGGCACGAGGCUGUACCCGGACGAGUGGUACCACGCGUGCUUCGUGGCCAACAGCGAGAACUCUACGGGGACGUUCUACCUCAAUGGCAAGAAGAACGGCGUGAAGCAUCUGCCUCGCCAGUGCCUGCUUCUGAACGGCUCCCUUGUGUUGGGUCAAGAGUCAGACAAGGUCGCCGGAGGAUUUCAAGCUCUCCAGUCCUUCUGUGGGAUCCUUUCGGGAUUUAACCUAUAUUCCCGAAGCCUUCAAGAAUCAGAGAUCAAGGAAUUGUCCGAGUGCUCGAAACAGGUUCCCGAGGGCGACGUGGUAAGCUGGUCCUCGACGGAGUGGGAGGUUGAAGGGCCGGUGGUAAGCGUGAACAUCUCUAAGGCCGACCUCUGUCCUAAGCGCAGAUUCAAAUUCAACGUAUUUCCGAAACGCUAUGGACAGAAAGCAGCGAAAAAUCUCUGCAGAAAACUUAAGUCUACCCUCGCCACACCUCAGAGCCCGGAAGAAAACGGGGCGCUGUUCAAGCAAGCUGCCCAUUUCGCGUCUGUCUGUCAGCCUCCCAACCACGGCACGGGAUUCUUCUGGAUGGGGACGAAGAAGGAGAAAGACGAUUGGGUGGAUGCGGAGGGCACGCCCAUCAACUACACCAACUUCGGAGACUGGAGCAUGGGCGGCUACCGAUGCGCGAGCUUCCUCCUGCCGCGCUACAGAGGCAAGUGGACCGACGUGCCCUGCUCUCGCUACGAGUUCUGCGCGGCGUGCGAAGAGCCUCGUCCGGUGGCGCUGAGGAUGAGGGGCUUCUGCGGCGGCGACUACAAGGACACACUCUUCAGGCUCGACACGGAUCCCGCGACGAAUCUGCCGGCUUUUCGAGGCUUCACGAAGUACCAGAUUAAGUACGGCGAAGACAAGAAGUGGCACCUCCUCAACAUGUGGACGACGGAGACCGUGGCGACGCUCUUCUCCUACGACGCCGCCCUGCCUCUGGGCCUCAGGCAGUGGAGGAUCACCACCGGCUCCGAGAUCUGCGGCAGGCAGGAGGGCUCGACCCACGCCCUCGCGCUCUCCGCCUGUCGGGACACCGAGUACAGCUGCGGCGACGGGACCUGCAUUAGCCUCGAGGGCCGCUGCGACAUGAGGGUAGACUGCCCGGAUAACAGCGACGAGACCAGCUGCAACAAGCUGGUUCGUCCUCCAGACUACUUGCUCCAGCUGCCUCCUCCGGGAACCGAGCCGGGGCCUCUGGGGCUCAACCUGUCCAUCGCCAUCAAGGGAUUCUCGGAGGUGGAUAUCAGGAACAUGGAUCUGAGUGUGGAUUUCGCCACGACCAUCACGUGGAUCGACCAGCGACUCAAGUACAAGAACCUCAAACUGCUUCCGGAAUUUAACUACAUCGAUCCAUCAGACGUGUGGAUGCCGAACGUGGAUCUAGACAACGCCAUCUUUCCCGACAUCCACCGAACGACCCCAGUCAUCAGCGCCCUGAGGAAGUCGGCUGCCGAGCCGGAUGACGCGUCCGUGGCCAUUAAUGACGAGAUGUACGAAGGCUCCAAGAACCCACUGAGCUUCAGCCAGAAGAUCAAAGCUCCCUUCUCGUGCAACAUGGAGCUCCAGAUGUUUCCCUUCGACACGCAACACUGCCAGAUGCACCUCAGGAUCGCGUCGACGAGGGAGAACUUCUUGCGUUGGAGGAAGUUGGAGGUGGUGUACGAAGGAGAGGUCACGACGUCCGAAUACGUGGUCGGCGGGAUGACCAUCGACCACCGCAGCACGAACAACUACAGUGUGGCCGUCGUGGGCUUCGUCUUCUCCCGCCAGUACAGCUACUACAUGACCUCCGCCUUCCUGCCGUCCAUCAUGCUCAUGCUCGUGGGUUACGCCUCCCUCUUCUGCAAGCGGGAGAACCGUGACCUCCGGGUCAUGAUGUCCCUGACGACGCUGCUGGUCCUGUACUCGCUCUACCAGCAGGUGGAGGACGACCUUCCCUCGACGUCGUACACGAAGGCGAUCGACGUCUGGUUCUUCUUCGCCAUCUCCUUCAUCUUCACGCAGGUCAUCUUGCACGUGGCCAUCGACGUGCGGGUUCCUCUCCCGACGCGCUUCCCGAAACCCACGACGGUCCUGCCCAUCAACGAGAUCCCGAGCAAGAUGUUUCCUUCGAGGUCCUGCUGGAGGCCCUUGAUAGCAGCCAGGGUCUUCUACGCCAUUCUCUUCACCCUCUUCAUGGUUGUGUUCUGGAUGGUGGUCCUCAAGUUUAACGACAGAGGGAGUAUCUUGGGGUUGUAAGGGUGGUUUAAGGAGAAGGUGUGAGGGGUUGAGGGGGACGUCAGAGGGGUUGGGUGUGGAGGGUGAUGUGCUGAGGUUAGGUGGAAGGGUGGAGGGUGAUGUCUUGAAGGGGGGGGGGGGUGGAGGAGUGGAGAAAGUUGGGGGUGUUUUGAGUUUGAGAUCUAACAGGAGAUUCGAGGAUGAAGUUGGAGAUCUGCCAGGUGAUUCGAGGGUGAGGUUUACACUCUUGAAGGGAAAUCGAGGGUGAAGGUCGACCUCUUCACGAUCUGAUCUGGCGAUGAAGUUUCAACUGCUGAGAAUAAAUUGUGAUAUUUCUGCUCUUAUAGUGAAUCAGAAGAAGUUUUAACGGCUGAGAACGGACGGUGAAGUUUCAUCAUUCAAGGCAAGGAAAUUGGUGAGAUUUUUAAAUUUCUUUUCUUCUCUUUUCAUUAGAGAGAUGUUGCUCACAAAGGGAAGCAAUGUAUGUUUAAUGUACAAUGAUUAUAACAAAAUACGGCUAUCAGGAAUAUGAAAGAACUAGAGUUGGCGGUACUUGCAAAAUGCCAUCUAUUAUUCAGACGACUGAAAUUAACUCUGUUAUACUUUACAUGGAUAGAAAAGAAAAAACAACAACAUUUAUAUAAAUCAUGUGUAAGUUUUUCCUUAGAUAUAUAUAAUCAAUUUUGGUUCUUUAUAUCAUGUUGUCAUAAUGUAAUAGGAGAGCAUAGAGAAUGUCUAUAUAAAAGAAUGGCUGUAUCUUUAGAGUUACCAGAAUGUUAUAUCAACACGAUAUAAUUUGCCAAAAGGUGGUGGUAGAAUUCAAGUCCUAUGGAUUAUUAUUUUCUACUUAGUUAAAAUAGAAAAAAAAGAAUGUUUACAAUUUAUAUAAUUCACUCAAAUAAUAUCUACGCAAUAAACAAUGUGGUCCUUUGUA